AUGUUAUCUGCCCUAGUCCGCUUCCUCAACCUCGUCCACCCGUUCCUCCCAAUCCUCCCAGAAGUCUCCGACCCCGAACGCAAAGCCCCCUUCAACCAGAAAAUUCUAUGGACAGCCGUCACCCUCCUCAUCUUCCUUGUGUGCUCGCAGGUUCCCCUGUACGGCAUCAUGUCCUCCGAUUCUUCAGAUCCUCUAUAUUGGAUGCGCGUUAUCCUAGCCUCGAACCGUGGAACACUCAUGGAACUCGGUAUCUCACCGAUUAUCACCUCCGGCAUGAUCAUGCAGCUGCUCGCGGGCGCGAACUUGAUUGAUGUAGAUUUCUCACUCAAGGAGGACAGAGCUCUCUUCGCAGGUGCACAGAAACUGUUUGCGAUUAUCAUAUCUCUUGGCCAAGCAACCGUAUACGUGCUGACAGGACUAUACGGUCAGCCAAAGGACCUUGGUGCAGGUGUUUGCUUGCUGCUCAUCAUCCAACUCGUCUCGGCGGCUCUCAUCGUCACUCUCCUUGACGAACUUUUAACAAAGGGGUACGGCCUCGGCUCAGGCAUCUCGCUCUUCAUUGCCACCAACAUCUGUGAAUCAAUCGUUUGGAAGGCAUUCUCCCCCACGACAGUCAACACCGGCCGUGGUCCCGAGUUUGAGGGUGCCGUCGUCGCCCUCGUCCACCUCCUCUUCUCCUGGAACGACAAGGGACGCGCACUUCAAGAGGCGUUUUGGCGCGACAGACUCCCCAAUGUCAUGAACCUAAUCGCCACGGUUGUUAUUUUUGCGGUGGUUAUCUACUUCCAGGGCUUCCGCCUCGAGAUUCCCGUCAAGUCGAAUAAAAUCCGGGGCCAGCGUGGCUCAUACCCCGUCAAGCUAUUCUACACGUCAAAUAUGCCGAUAAUGCUCGAGUCAGCGCUUACGUCGAAUGUGUUCGUUGUUUCGCAGAUGCUUGCUACGCGCUUCCCUGAUAACUUGUUUGUUCGCCUUCUUGGUGUAUGGGAGCCCUUGGAGGACUCCCCUCAACUCGCAGCUACCUCCGGCAUUGCCUACUACAUGUCCCCUCCGCACACUGUAAAAGAAGCCAUCCUCGACCCCAUCCACACAGCUAUCUACAUUAUCUUCAUCUCAACCACCUGCGCGUUGUUCUCAAAGACCUGGAUCGAAGUUUCGGGCUCGGGUCCGCGCGAGGUGGCAAAGCAGCUUAAGGACCAGGGCUUGGUGAUGGCGGGGCACCGUGACGGCUCGAUGUAUAAAGAGCUCAAGCGUGUGAUCCCGACUGCCGCUGCGCUUGGCGGCCACUAG